AUGGCUUCACUCGAGAACACCGCCGUCCGCUUCCCAUCCGUCGUCAAAGCCAGCCCGCUCCCCCACUCGUCAAACACCGCAUUCGAGUUCCUCUUCUCGCAGCCCUUCCGCCGGGGCACCGAGACAUGGAAGGCCACGCCCAAGGACCUCCAGAAACACGCCAUGAGCGAGCCCAUCCCGCCCGAGAAGACCAUCUUCCGUGACGGAAAGACCGGCGCGACCCUUUCCUUCGGCCGACUCUACCGCGACGCACUCACCGUCGCUUCCUCCUUGACCGACGGCGUCCUGAACCUCCGCCCUGCUCCUCUGUCUGCGUCGGACCCGAAGGUCAACCGCGGAGCGAUCAUCUCGCCUGUCGUCCUCCUCCACCUCCCCAACUGCCUGCCUUUCGUUACGCUCGCCUACGGUGUUCUCGCAUCCGGCUUGACGCUCACGGCCGCCAACCCCGUCUUGACACCUCAAGAAAUUGCCCACAUCCUCACCCUCUCGCAGCCCGCCGCAAUCGUCACCACUGCCUCCGGCCUCUCUAGCUUCCAACAAGCCUUCAAGCUCCUCACGCCCGAACUGCAAGCCCAACUCGGCUACCCAACAAAGGGGAACGUCUUCCUCGUCAACCCGGACGCAGACGAUUACGGCGCUUCGGCUCUCUCGCUCGUUCAGCCCGUGACGAACCUCGGAGGAUGGACAGUAAGCGACUGGAAGGUCCUCCUCUCUCCGAACUCAAAGCCGUUCACCCCGCCCAAAUACACCGGAAGCGAAGAUGCCCUUCGCGCGGCAAUGAUCUUCUGGAGUUCGGGAACGUCGGGCAAGUCCAAGGGCGUCAUUUUGACGCACCGAGCGAUUGGGUCGGCGUUGAUCGCGGUGUGGCAUGCGUCGACGCUGGGCGAGAACGAGCGGUUGGUCGGACUCCCGCCGUUCUACCAUAUCUUUGGCUGGGCGAACGUGCUCAUGGUCGGCGUUGCCUUCGGAGCGACCGUCACCACCGUCAGCAAGUUCGACCCGGUCACAUACCUCAAGAUUGCGCAGGAAUCCCGGGCGACUCACUUGCACUUCUCGCCUCCCAUCGCCGUCCUCCUCGCCAAGUCUCCUCUCGUCGACGGCUUCAACCUGUCCUCUGUCCGAGGCUGCACCUCCGGCGGCGCUCCCCUCGCGACAAGCGUCAUCGAGCAAGUGUACAAGCGCCUCGGGAUCCUCAUCAAGAUCGGUUACGGCUUGAGCGAGACGGGCGGAGCGACGCAGCAACAGAGCAUGACUUGGGAGCACUUGAAGUCGCAGUUGGGAAGUUGUGGACCUGCGUAUCCCGCGACGGAGUUGAUGAUUCGCUCGGUCGAGACGGGCAAGCCGGUCAACGUCGGCGAAGAAGGCGAAGUCCUGAUUCGCUCCGUCUGCUGCACGAUUUCGUACCUCAACAACCCCGAAGCGACUGCCGAGUCGUUCACCGAGGACGGGUGGUUCUGCACCGGCGACAUUGGCAAGCUUGACCCUGAGGGCAACUUGUACAUCACGGACAGGCUGAAGGAGCUGAUCAAGGUCAAGGGCUUCCAAGUCUCGCCCGCCGAGCUCGAAGACUCCCUCUGCGCCUCCCCCCUCGUCCAAGACGCCGGCGUCACCUCCGUCUACCACCAAGACCACGCGACCGAGUACCCUCGGGCCUACGUCGUCCCGUUCGACAAGGAAGUCCUCAAGGGCGGCAAGAAGGCCGACGAGUUUGCGCACGCGUUGAGAAGGCAUGUCGAGGGCAAGCAUGCGCCUUACAAGUGGAUCCGCGGCGGCUUCGUCCUUGUCGAUGCCGUCCCCAAAUCUCCAGCCGGCAAGAUCCUCCGCCGCCUGCUCAAGGACUGCAAGGGCCACAACGUCUCGGUCUACGAGGAGAAGCCUCGUGCCAAGCUCUAG